AUGACUACUGUGACAACACCUUUGAACGAGGGCGAUUUGAAGGUCCGAACUACCAACAACCCACUAAACCCACCCCCUCUCCGCCUCCCGGGUUCGAGUCGGGCCAUAGCUUCCCCGUUCAUUCUCUACAACAUGACGAUUCCUCUUCCAACUUUUUGGACGUUGAUGUGGGGAGGAGGAGCAGGGACACCAGCUUUGGUUCUACCUCCAAUCGAAACGGUAGGGUGA